ACCACCACUUGACGUUGACUUGACGUGCACUUGACAUACUUUUUUAAACUUAGUUUUUUGAUGGAUUUCUUUUGUAACUCUCUCACUUUAUUUAUUUAUUGAAAAGUUGUAAAUUCUGAAUUAUAUCAAUCAAGUUAAUGAAAUAAAGAGUAGGUAACUAGGUAAUAGAAGACUCGAUUAAGUUUAUGCUAUUGUUGAUUAAAUAAUCGUGGUUGGUUUCGUGGCUUGGUGCUGUUGAAAAGAAUUGUAGGAAAACCUUUAACGAUGCCAUUAUUCAGCGGUCGGUGCUUGAGUAGUGCCAAGUUGAUUGGGAAAACUGCAGUUGUGACCGGCUGUAAUGUAGGCAUAGGAAAAGAAACUGUAUUAGACUUUUAUAAAAGAGGUGCUCGGGUGAUAAUGGCAUGUCGCAGCUUAGAAAAGGCAGAGCAAGCCAAGAGUGACAUAGAGAAGGCAUGCAUUAAUUUGCCUGAAAAGGGAGAAUUGGUUGUUGUAAAAUGUGACUUGCAAUCCUUGAGUUCUGUCAGGGAGUGUGCUCAAAAUAUUUUGAACCAGGAAUCUCAUAUAAACAUACUCGUUAACAAUGCUGGAGUCAUGAUGUGUCCUAAAAGUGAAACCGAAGAUGGCUUUGAGAUGCAAAUGGGCACUAACCACUUGGCCCACUUUUUGUUUACAUUGCUUUUACUCCCCCGCAUCAGAAACAGUAAGCCAGCACGAAUUGUAACGGUUUCUUCAAGGGCUCAUAUAAGAUAUGGUAUUAAUUUGGAUGAUAUAAAUUAUAAGACUCGCCCCUAUAGUGCUGCUGAAGCAUAUUCGCAAAGCAAGCUUGCUAAUAUACUCUUUUCAAAGGAAUUAGCAUCAAAAUUAAAGGAGCAUAAUAUUGAUGGUGUUAACACAUAUACCUUGCAUCCUGGUGUAGUCAAGACAGAACUGGGACGUCAUUUGAACGAAUCUUUAUUCUGGGGUGCCCGAAAAAUCAUUGGAUUCAUUUUGGCACCUUUUAUGAAAUCAUCUGAGCUUGGUGCCCAAACAACCAUAUACUGCUCAGUUGAUGAAAAAUGUGCAGAAGAAACUGGCCUGUACUAUAGUGAUUGUGCAGCUGUCAAGCCUUCUAACUCCGCUUUAAGUGAUGAGAAAGCCAAAAAAUUAUGGAACAUUUCUGCAGAACUUGUAGGUCUAGGUGAUUACAAUCCUUUUACAGCUGAUGAUACAAGAAUCCAAAAAGCGUAGAAAUCGAAAAUGCUUCUUUGAAAUUCAGGAGAAAAAUAUGUAGUAUAUUUUUUUACAUUCAAAGCACUGCUCAAAGUAUGUUAAGUAUAUUAUUGCAAUGACAUUAUUAGAUCUUAACAUUCCCAUUAUGAUACUUCUCCAUUUUUUUAAGUAAGCAUAUAAGCAAAACUUCACAAUUGCACAAUUAUAGUUAUAAUGCACUUCAUCUGGAAAUGAUUCAAUUAAACGGAAGUGACAAGAACUGGAUGCUAAGUCCAUUGGCAGCUUUGACACAACUUUGUUGAUUGCACAAAACCUGCAUUUAAACUGCAAUAUGGCAACUGAAUACAACAUGUCUUGCUGCAGUUUACAGGCAGUCCACUGUUCAUUCUCAAAUAGUUACUAAUGAGAAAUAAACUCCCUAGAAUAGUCAAUGAGCCAGGAAUUUGCUAAUAAAUAGGAAAUUGUGCUAAUCUCGUAUUAAAUAUAAUGUUAUUGGUUAUUCUGAAGGUUAUGGCAUUAAUAAUUAAGUAUUGGGCAAAUAUGUUAUUAAAUGAAAUUGGUUAGCAUAAUAGUUAAAAUAUUUUAUAUGGUAUGAUGAGAUGAGUAUUAUUUUUACAUAAUUAAUUGACGUUAUAUAAUAAAAGCAUUAUGAAUGCAAAAUUUAUCAUAAUACAAUAGUAUUAAGAAUCUAUAAGUUUGUUUUUCAUGUAAGUAUAGUACGUAAGUAAUUUAAUAUUAAUAGGGUUUUUAGGGUUCCGUAGUCCUGACAAGGAACCCUUAUAGUUUCGCCUUGUCCGUCUGUCUGUCCGUCCCCGGUUUUGCUUGGAGACUGCUGGCACUAGGGAGCUGUGAUUUUGUGGAGAUAUGUAUAUCAAUCAUGCCGACAAAUUGGUAGAAUAAAAUGUUUAGGGUAGCUCUGCUACAUGUAGAUGAUUUAUUAUAUACAACCUGGAGAUGAUUUUAUUUUUUCAUAGUCCACUUGUUCAUCGUUGAAUAGGUCCUUUAAAAUUACUAAGCUGUUCCUAAGACUAUAUUUCGAUUUAGGGUUCCGUUUUCAAAAUAUAGAACUUUGAAGUGCAAAUUUUGUAGUCCCCCCCCCCCCUCUAAAAGCUAAACUAUUGGCUUGAACACCCUUGAAACAACGUUCAAGACAAUUUCUGACCUAAUAAAAUAGAGAAGAAAACAUUAAAAGUGACUUAGACGAAGUAAUUGCUUAAAAUAGUAUUCCAAAAUAUAUUGUGGUGACGACAAACAACUAUAGAACCCUACACUGCCCGUGGCACGACACGCACUUAGCCGGUUUUUUAUGAAAUGUAAUCUUUAUAAACCGAACCAAAAUGCUGUUAACUGUGUAUAAAAAUAUUUGUAAUAGGGCAGUAUAGUUUUUUUUUUAAAUAAUAGUUUUAUAUUUAUAUUUUAGAUUGUAAGCGAC